AUGGGAAAUCCAGAAAGCAUUGGAGAUGCAUAUGUUGCUGUGAUUCGUCCAAAAAAUACUGCUAGCCUGAAUUCUCGGGAAUAUCGAGCUAAAUCCUACGAAAUCUUGUUGCUUGAAGUUCCCAUUGAAGGCCAAAAGAAAAAAAGAAAGAAAGUUUUGCUGGAAACUAAACUGCAGGGAGGCACUGAGAUAACCCAGAGCAUCUUGGAUUAUGUAUUAGAAGCCACCAAACCAAUUUCACCAGCCAAUCAGGGUAUUAAAGGAAAGCGUGUAGUGUUAAUGAAGAAGUUUCCUCUUGAUGGAGAGAAGGCAGGCCAGGAGGCAUCACUUUACAUUGUUCCAACUGUUGUGAAAGAUAAUACGAAAUACACAUACAGUCCUGGAUGCCCUGUGUUCUACUGUUUACAAGACAUCAUGAGAGUCUGCAGUGAAUCCAGCACACAUUUUGCAACACUUACUGCAAGAAUGUUAAUUGCCUUGGAUAAGUGGUUGGAUGAACGGCAUACCCAGUCUCACUCCAUCCCAGCUUUAUUCAGACCAUCUCCUCUUGAGAGAAUUAAAACAAAUGUAAUAAACCCUGCCUAUGCUAUAGAACCUGGUCAAACAGAGAGCUCAUUGCACAUGGGUUACACUGCCCUAGAAAUAAAGAGUAAAAUGCUGGCACUGGAGAAAGCAGAUAUGUGUAUAUAUAAUCCUUUGUUUGGAUCUGACCUUCAGUAUACCAAUAGGGUUGACAAAGUGGUAAUAAAUCCAUACUUUGGCCUUGGAGCCCCAGACUAUUCAAAGAUUCAGAUUCCUAAGAGAGAAAAGUGGCAACGUAGCAUGAGCAGUGUCACAGAGGACAAGGAACACCAGUGGGUAGAUGAUUUCCCUCUUCAUCGCAGUGCUUGUGAAGGUGACUCUGAUUUACUAAGCCACCUUCUGGAUAAAAAGUUUUCUGUUAAUCAGUUAGAUAGUGACCACUGGGCACCUAUCCAUUAUGCAUGCUGGUAUGGAAAAGUUGAAGCCACUCGAAUGCUGUUGGAGAAGGGGAAAUGCAAUCCGAACCUUUUGAAUGGCCAACUUAGCUCUCCUCUUCAUUUUGCUGCUGGAGGUGGCCAUGCUGAAAUAGUACAAAUUCUACUAAAUCAUCCAGAAAUAGACAGACAUAUCACUGACCAACAAGGAAGAUCUCCAUUGAAUGUCUGUGAAGAGAACAAACAAAAUGAGUGGGAAGAAACUGCAAAACUGCUGAAGGAAGCCAUAAAUAGACCUUAUGAAAAGGUGCGAAUUUAUCGUAUGGAUGGGUCAUAUCGCUCUGUUGAAUUGAAACAUGGAAACAAUACUACUGUACAGCAGAUAAUGGAGGGGAUGCGUUUGUCUCAAGAAACUCAGCAAUACUUCACUAUCUGGAUCUGUUCUGAGAACCUCAGCCUCCAACUGAAGCCAUAUCACAAGCCUUUGCAGCAUAUUCGAGAUUGGCCUGAAAUAUUCACUGAACUGACAAACUUGGAUCCUCAGAGGGAAACUUCACAGCUUUUCUUGAGAAGAGAUGUGAGACUUCCACUGGAAAUAGAAAAAAAGAUUGAGGAUCCAUUGGCUAUUCUUAUCCUUUUUGAUGAAGCCAGAUAUAAUUUACUGAAAGGUUUCUAUACAUCGCCUGAUGCCAAGCUGAUCACACUGGCAAGUCUGCUUCUACAAAUAGUCUAUGGAAAUUAUGAGAGCAAGAAACAUAAACAGGGCUUUCUAAAUGAAGAAAAUCUUAAAUCUAUAGUACCAAUCACUAAACUAAAAAGUAAAGCUCCUCAUUGGACAAACAGGAUACUUCAUGAAUACAAGAAUCUCAGCACCAGUGAAGGUGUAAGUAAAGAGAUGCAUCACCUUCAGCGCAUGUUCUUGCAGAAUUGCUGGGAAAUUCCUACUUAUGGAGCAGCUUUUUUCACAGGACAGAUAUUCACCAAAGCAAGUUCAAGUAGCCAUAAAGUCAUCAAAGUGUAUGUAGGAGUAAAUGUAAAAGGGCUGCACCUCCUCAACAUGGAAACAAAGGCUUUACUCCUCAGCCUAAAGUAUGGUUGCUUUAUGUGGCAGUUGGGAGAUGGAGAUACGUGUUUUCAAAUCCACAGUCUGGAAAACAAAAUGAGCUUUAUUGUGCAUACCAAACAGGCAGGUCUUGUCAUAAAACUUCUGAUUAAAUUAAAUGGCCAGUUAAUGCCAACUGAAAGAAAUGAAUAAAGGAAAUGAACAGUAGUCAUGAAACAGCAUCUGAUGGCUAAGCAAAAACCAACUUAUUUCUCAUCAUAACAGAAGACUUCCAUGUAUGUGAAUUUUACACAGUAGAAAAGUCAAUUUGUACAGUUUUUUAACUUUGUACAGAAGCUGCAUGUUUUAUUUUUUAAAGAACUAUUAUAGACAACAUAUCUAUUAUUUUUAUAAAUAUUUUUGUGUUUCAUCUAUAAGCUACUGUAG